GUGUUUUCGUUCAGUCUCGCGAAUUUGAAUGCGCUGCGCGGGUCGUUCCGGGAGUUUGUAGUGUCCGCGGCGGUUUAUUAGUGGUCCGACGAAGUCGAAAUCGUGUGUUUUAGAGCGUAUUUUGUUGAUUCAAGUGAUUGCAGUGAAGUGCUAGUAAAUAGACAAGAAAAAUGUCGAUUUUGUUGGCGGAUAUCGAUGCGACGUGUUCGGCAUUGGGGUGGGACGAUGGCUGCAAGUAUCAUAUGGAGCCGGAUGCUAUUAUGGGGCUGAAACAUUUGAUCUGGAUUUUGAAGCGGGAUAGCGAUGAUCACGAGUACCGUCGAUACAUUGGCCAGAAGAAGGUCAUGCAGACCGAUCUGAUUCCGAUGCUGAUGAGCAAUUUUGAUAAUCCAGAUGUGGCCGAUGUUUUGCUUCGUUUGAUUGUGAACCUGACCUACCCGACGUUGUUGCUCUAUCAGGGAAAUGAGCCGAAGGAUGCUGUCGGUCGGAGAAAUUUCCUACACCUGGUGGAGAUUCUCCAGGGCUACAAGGAAGCAUUUGCGGUUCAGCAAGCAUGGGCUGCGCUUGGAGAUCGUCUGCAGAAAGUGCUUGCUGUUGAUUGGGCCGAACGAAUGGAAGAGCAAGAGUUGAUCAUCGAACGAAUCCUCACUCUUACCCGCAACGUCCUGAAUGUGCCGGCAAACAUCGACAUGGAGAAGCGCUUCGAUAACGAUGCCAGUCUGCACGAUCAAGUCUUGUGGGCACUGCACGAGGCCGGCGUUCUCGAUCUUAUCCUCUACAUCUUGGGUUCGGAACACGAGCAUCAGUAUCAUUUACACGCGUUGGAAAUUACCUGUCUGACCUUUCGGGAGCAAUCGGCCACCAGCUUGGCGGAUGCGUCCUACCAAAGAAGUGCCACCGAAAAGCACCGGGAUGAGCUGGAACUGAUCGCGGCCAGGAAGCGGGAAAGGGCGAAGCAGCAGAGCCGCAUUCCGGCCGCACGACACUCGCGUUUCGGCGGAACGUACGUCAUUCAGAAUAUGAAAUCGAUCUCGGACAACGAUAUGAUCUGCCAUCAAUCGCUGCAAAAGGCCCUGCAGAUGGAGUUCGAUACGGACAAGAAACGGGUGAAGAGAAAUUUCCGGAAUGUGCGCGAAACGGGAACGAGCGAGCGGAAGAGUGCGUUUUCAGUGCGGUUGUUUUUACGCGAAUACUGUAUCGAAGUGCUUCGGUCGUCUUAUAACAGUUUGGUGCGACAAGUGCGGAAGAUUUUGGAGAGAAAUGCGCACGGUCAGGAAGCUAGUGGUGGGCAUGAUGAUUCCUAUUUGCUGUGGGCUAUUCGCUUCUUUAUGGAGUUCAACAGAGCGAGUGGAUUCAAGCUGGAACUAGUCAGCGAAUCGCUCAGCGUACCGUGCUUCCAUUGGAUCAUAACCCGGAUAGAGCACUUUGUUGACAUGAUGGGUUCGGAUAAAACCCGGGCUCGCCUUUGGGCUAGGCGUCUCCACGUGUCCGUGCAGGCUUACCGUGAAAUGUUGCACAGUCUACAGGCGCUGCAGAAAGUGCCAGACGAGAAAGCUCAAGACCUCUUUCUGAUGCUGCAGAACAACAUCUUCUACGUGCUGGAAUAUCGUGAGGUGGUGCUACAUUUGCUGAUCAACUACAAGGAAACCAACAGCACACGAGCUUACUUACGUGACGUGGUGGAGACGGCCCACAUGUUCUUCAAGAUGCUGGAAAAGUAUUGCCAGGGGACUGUGCGUGUCCAGAGUAAGAAGCGCGCCAAACAGAAGCGAAACAAAAACCGCCACCAGGACAAUGCCGGCUCACGGAAGGAUCCGGAGCUUGAUGCGGAGGGCUUGGAAGAGCUUUGGCUAACAAUGGCCGGCGAAGUUUCGACAUGUCUAGCUAAUCAGAUUACGCUUCCCGAGGAAGAUCAUCCGAUUCCUUUCGACGCGGCUUCGGACGUUCCCAUCGAUGAUCAGAAAGGAGACUGCAUGAUAAGGAUUCACUCCUUGCUACGUGACGGCAAAUACGAACAUGCAAUUAUUUUAAUGCGAUCCGCCAGGGAGGUUUGGCCCAAGGAUGAUUGUUUUGGAUCGGCGGCGUCCGCACCGGAAGAUGAAUUAAUGCUGCUGAAGGAAAUUUUCUUGGCAAAUCUUCCACGGGUGGCAGAAAAACAACAUUCUAUAGAGAACGAGUUCAUUGAUCAGAAUGGAGCCGAUGGCUAUGACGAUGAGGACGACGAGGACGAAGAAGAGGAAAACCAUAUGACAGAAGUGGAUUUUCGCUUCGAAGAUUUUGCCAAAAGAUUGCUUAAUCCGAAGGUGGUGCACGCCUGCACUCUAGUGCUUACUGAUUGGGAAGAUAUCCCAACGGCAGCCCUGAAAGCUGCUGUUACCAUUUUGCACAGGAUUGCCGUUGGAAGCAAAAUGCCGGCUUUGUUGUUUCAAGCAUCAUUGUUCCGGAUCUUCCAACGUGUAUUCCACGCCCCCAAGGAUGCCCAUCACGAGGAGCUGCGCCGGCUCGGUGUUUAUAUCGUUCGACAGUUUACCGCACUGGCACCGAAUAAUCCGAAAAUCUACGCUGAACUGCUGUUCUACAAAUCGAUUAAGGAAGCGAACGGAAUCGAAAUGGGAUACGAGGACGUCUACGGGAACAACGUCGGUACCAGCGGAGGUGUGAAAGGUGCCUGGAACGAGGAGCAGGAGGAAGAGCUACGGCGACUGUUCAUGGAAAAUCAAGAAAAUCCCGAAAGCGAUCAAGACGUUAUCGACUGGAUAUUAGAUAACUUGAUUGACAAGACGCGCUCCCGACGAGCUGUCAUUAAGAAACUUAAGGAACUGGGAUUGAUUUUCAAGGCGCCAACCAAGAAGAGCAACGUCGCUGCCAGUAAUAAGCACCUCUGGACUAAUGACCAGGAUGAAAAAUUAAAACAGCUGUACGAUGAGCACCGUUUGAAUGAAAAUGUGCUGGCCAUCAUCACCGGGGAGUUUGAUGGAACGCGCUCCAAGCAGGCCAUCGUCAAACGGAUGCUUUCGUUGGGACUCAUUGCCGACAAAUCGGAAGUAAAGCCCCCGAGAAAAUCCCGGUCCAAGAAAAAACCUGCUGAAGGCGGGGAACCGAUGAGCAGUGAUGGUGGUUUGACAACCGAUUCCGAAUCGGAUGAAGACGAUAAUCGUCCGGCUAGGCCUACCAAGCACACCAGACCACCACAUGCCAAGGCAUCCAAGCAUAAACCAAAGCGGAGCCACUCGGUAGCACCACCGCUAAACUUCCGUCGACUCAGGACGAUCAUUUCGGAGAUCGAAGAAUCUAUGAAGGAAGCCAUUGAAUGGCUGAUGGAGUCGUUUACCGACGCUUGUGACGACUACGACGCGGACUCGGAAGACCCGGACGAUGGCGUACCGUUGGUGCCGAUUAUGGCCGCUCAGCGUGAAGCUUUGGAAAAUGUGCAGUUCAAGGAACUGCUCAAGGAGCUAGGAUUGGAAGCGCCGACUGACACUGAAGCCUACUGGCGUAUUCCGGUUUCGAUGAGGCCCGACGAUUUGCAGCUGCGCGUAAAAAUCCUGAAAGGUGAACAUCAACCAGCCGAAGAUUUACCGGAAGAUGAUUCACAACCGUUGGCAGUGGAAAAUGUGCCCCACCCUUCGGAUAGUGAGAACGAAACGGAACUAUCGGAGGACAUCUUCAGCGCGUGGCGUAACAAGACAAACCUGUUGUACAGCAAGAGUGACGACGAGAGUGAAGUUCGCGAGCCACUGAAGCCCAAGUCGACCAAGAAAUCCGCCCAGAAGUCCAAAGAACCGAAGCAAAGAAAAAAGAAGUCUGGCAAACUGGAUCUCAAAGAGCUGGAGAAGCAAAGUGGUGAUGAGGCAGAUAAGUCGGACGCCAUCUCAAGGCUUAGCGAUGGUGAGCUGGAUAGUUUGGAUGAUUUCCCAAGCCAUCGGUCUCUUGUGGUUACAAGCGAUGAAGAGGAUGAAGCCAACGACGCCUUGAUAGAGGCUACCGUCAACAGAUCGAAAAAGAAGAAGUCCAAAAUCAUUUUGAACGCUGACUCCGAGCCGGAAUCAGAUAGCGAACAGGUUCGGCUUGUUGUUUCCGAUGACGAGGGUGGGGAGGUGCUUAUUAAUGAUGGAAAGGGCGAUGGCACGGGAAUCAAACGAAGCCGAGCUGUGGCGUCCGAUGCAUCGGAUGAAGAAGGCGGAAGUGUGGCAACGAAGAAGACCAAACGAAGGGCUAUUAUCAGUGAUGAUGAAGACUGAUAUUCUCCAG